UUGUCAAUCCGUGUUUAGUUCCGUACCGGUGAGGAGCCCACCAAGCAAGACAGCCACCAAGUGUGUGUCCCAAAAGUUCGCGGUAGCCGCAGUACAGCUCGAUCUAAUCGUCCACGCACACGUGCCAAACCAUGAAGCUGCUAAUCUGUGUGCUAAGUGUGUGCGCCCUGGCCGCCGCCCAGGACUUCAAGGAGUGUUUGGAAAAGGAUUCGAUUUCCUGCCUGCAGCUCACGUUCUACCGUAAGGCGCGUGACUUCUUCGACCAGCCGCAGAUCAGCCUGGCCGGAGGCCUCUCGUUCGUGAAGACGGCCGGCCGUGACUCCCGCUCGUACAACGCUGAAAGUGCCCAGGUCGAGUCGGCCAACAGUGUGGAAUCGCGCGAGGAUGCGCUGGAGAACUACGUGUUCGACCGCGCGGUCAGCUUCAUGCGCGAGCGCUCGCUGAACCUCGAUAUGGCCGGUGCUGCCCGCAGCCUGUCCACCGUCAUCCCGGAGGAGGUGAAGGGCCAGAUGCGCGCCAUGGUUGCCGAGGCCCGCGGCAAGAAGAAGAUCCUGAAGGCUCUGCUGCCCAUCCUCGGACUGGUGAAGCUGAAGAUCGUCGGUCUGGCCAUCUUGGCCCUGCUCGGCAUUGCGCUGAUCGCCAAGAAGGCGCUGAUCGUGUCCGUCAUCGCGCUCGUCCUGUCCAAGUUCCUGUUCCUGAAGAAGCUGCUCUCCAAGAAGGACGACCACACCUCGUACCACGGCUCGUCCGGUGGCUGGGAGUCGAGCGGAUACGGUGACUAUGGCUCCCACAGCCAGCCCGCCCACUCGAUCGCCUACGCCGGCCACAAGCCCGUGCGAAAGUAAGCGUGCCGUGCCGCCGUGGCGCCGAACGCGACAACGGGAACAACGCGAUCCCCUCUAAUUUAUUAACGCUGGCGGCCACAGCCCAGCCCCCACCCACACCCGGGGCGCUGUUGUGGUCUAGCCCGAGUUCGAGAUUAAUUUAUUAACUUAGCCGAUAGAUGAGGAAUUGAUUUGUUCAUUUGUUUUGUUGUGACCAUUGGUUUGCUCUACCGACAGGACCGAACGCUGUCCCUGCCCUAGACGCAGGCACGCCGAAGCGCACACAGAGACACGCACAUCUACAUGCAUUCACACCAUUUCCUCCUUCAAACCGACCUGAAAGAGGCCCUCGAUCGCAGCCACGCGGUAGAAUCUCGUACCAAACACACACUAUCACUGAUCACUGAUAGCUGCUAUUUACUAUUUACUUACUGUUUACUGCUACUGUUACUACUACCGCUAAAUGCGGUGCGACUUUUUGGCGCAUCCAAACGACCUUCAUCUACAUGAGGCCGGGCGACAAUGGCGUACCUUUAACGUUUAACUUUAAACCCCCCCCCUCCCCCUAAUGCGCCCCUCGAGCACUAUUCUUCGAUCUAGUCUACUACGUAUCCUUACACAAUGCCCUACGUUCACCCUACGUGCGACCCUAAGGCCGAUUGAGGUAAUUCGAUCUGGCGUCGCCUGCAACGAUUUUAGUGUUAGUAGUGGGCCCAACCGGUGCGGCGCUGGACCGAUUUUCUUUACUACAAGAAGACGCCCAGCCUGGCCCGAGCCCGACUCGGUUUCUUUCAUCCAUCCAUCCAGGUGGACAGGAAGGUUCCGGCUUACAGUUCUCACCCACGGUUGACACCCCUCGAAACCGUCACUCAUCUCACUAGACAAUGUACUUCUAUCAGUUCACUCUCUUCACUCUGCACCCGCUUGGUCAACGGAGCUGCCCCGCAGCCAUCCGGUGAGCACUUGGAGUGUUGAGUUCUAGUCUUCUACCUACCAGCUAGCUUUGCAACAUAACAGCACCAUGAGCCGAUGAUGAGGAUGCAACAGAGAAAGAGAUGGAGGAACGGGAACGCCAGUUGCCGAUGCCAGCGGACACAUCUGUAUCCGCCCGUGGCGGUAACAGCCAGCACAACCCGUUAGCUAUAAUCUAUGGCUUACGGAGAAGUGGCUGGUGUUGCCUUCCUGUGCAUAAUGCUGAAGCUGAGCGUUUGUAUCGUGUACGGUAGAAGCUUCGCUGCCUCUUGCCGUUAGCAAAGCUGCCAAACUUUCGGAUGUAAACGAAACUCGGCACGCUAACUGUUCACGCCGACUGGCAAUUAUGCGCGCGGAACUGUAUACCAACCGGCGUAACAUUCUUUCCAUCGUUCUUCUUCGCACCCGAAUCGUCACUCAUUGGGAGUCAGAAAAACACACAAAUAUCCAUACACAAUUAACAAACAUUCGCUUGAACAAGAGCAACAGACGAGACAAGCACGAACAACGGAAUCUCUCUUCCGGGGGAUGCUAUGACUCGCGUUUGUCGUAAAACGUCCUCCCACCCCUUCCAAAUCAUACAUGAACCAUUGUAAAUAAGAGCAAGUGAGAAAUGCAAGAGGCAAUUAGAGCAGAAAUCAAAAGAAAUAAAAGACAUGUGAAAAUAAAGUUACAAAACGAACUAUGAAAACCAUA